AUGGCCGCGCAGAGCCCUCUUCGCCGCUGGAAGCCGUUCUUCGCCGCCUUCGACAACGUUGACGCCGCGAUCGAGGCCGCCGACCCGGACCUCCGCCGCGACGAGCUCCGAGAAGCGAGGGGAGACAUCGUGGAGCUGCUCUGCAACGCCAUGGACGACGACCGCGAAGCAGAGCGGCUCUGCCUCAUCCUCGACGACGUCAUGGCCGAAUCGCUCGAGACGCUGCGGCUGGUCCCUGCGAUGCCGACGGUGCUCGCCAAAACGGACAUCGCCAAGGCCGUCCGUGCUCUGCAGAAGCACGAAUCGGAGCGGGUUCGCGUCCUCGCCCGCGGCAUCGUGAGCCGGUGGGGGGCGACGUUCCAGGACGACCUCGUCAGGUUCAGGGCGGCCACGGAGAAGCUGGACCAGAUUCCGAUGUCCGACCAGAUCGUGGCCGACCAGCAACCUGUCUCAGCCAAGAUCCUCCAACCGUCAGCCAAGAACACGCGGAAAAUCACCGAAAUGCCGCCGCCGCAACCCAAGAAGGUGUCUCCCGCUCCCGCCGUUGGCGUCGUCCGCGGCGACCGUGCCGGGCUCUGCUCCGACGACACGAUCAUGGAGGCCACAAAGCGCAAGUUCCAGGAAGGGUACCAAGAAGCGGAGAACGCGAAGCGGCAGCGCAGGAUACAAGUCGUGGAGGCGCCGGAGAUGCUGAAGCAGAGGCAGCGGAAGAUGCACCCGAUCAUCAAGGAGAGGAGCCGAGCAAAGUGCGGGAGCUCCAUGAUGGUCAAGAAGACCAUCUCCGUCUCGAAGAUUCGUAGGGUUUAG